CUGUAUAUAUGCUGCGAGGUGGAAAUAUACAUGCAAAGUCUUGCAAAGAUAGAAAAAUACACAAACAAAUUAAAACAAAAAAAGGAGAGAGAAACCAUGGCUUUUUUGAAUUCUAAAGAGACUCGUCCUAAUGAAGAGCAAGAGGAUUCAUAUGCUCUUUUGGCCAUGCUUCAGUGUUGUAGCCAAAUCUACUGUGCAGUUCUCAAAGCUUCACUUGAGCUUGACUUGUUUGACAUCAUAGCUAAGGAAGGAGGAAGACACGUUUCAGCUUCAGAAGUUGCCUCAAAGCUUCCAAGUUCAUCUCAGCACAAAGACUUGGCUUUCAGGAUCGAUCGUCUCUUGAGGCUUCUUGCAAGUCACUCUCUUCUGAAUUGUUCAGUUUGUGAGAAGGAAGAUGGUGACACUGAGAGACUCUAUUCGAUUUCUCCUGUGGGAAAGUACUUUGUUAGUCAUGGGGACGAUGAUAGUGGAUACUUGACUCUCUCAUUCAUUUGUCACAAGGCACUUAUGGAUGCUUGGAUGAAUUUUAAAGUGGCAAUUGUAGAGGAAGACAAUGACUUAUUCAAGAAAGUCCAUGGAAUGCCAAUGUACCGAUACGCUGAGAUAGAUCCAACAUGGAACAACAUUUUCAACAAAGCAAUGGCCAACCGUUGCAACAUAGAGAUGAGAAGAAUAUUAGAGAUAUACAAAGGAUUUGAGGGAAUAUCAACACUUGUUGAUGUUGGUGGUGGAACUGGCCAAAACCUCAAAAUGAUUGUCUCAAAGUAUCCUUCAAUCAAGGCCAUCAAUUUUGAUUUGCCCAAUGUUAUUCAAAAUGCACCACUUCAUCCAAGGAUCAAGCAUGUUGAAGGGGAUAUGUUUGAAAACGUUCCGAAAGGUGAUGCCAUUAUGUUGAAGGCUGUAUGCCACAAUUGGUCAGAUGAAAACAGCAUAAAAGUGCUGAGGAAAUGCUAUGAGUCGUUGCCAGAAAAAGGGAAGGUGAUAGUGAUGGAGUUCAUAAUGCCCGAAGAAAUUGGACCAACAAAGGAAGCCAAGUUCGUGGCAAGCUUGGACAACAUCAUGUUUCUUCAUGAUGGAGAAGAAAGAACUGAGAAAGAAUUUGAAUCUCUUUGCAAACAUUCUGGUUUUUCUGGUUUCAAAAUCGCUUGUCGUGCUUUCUCUGCUUUAGGAGUUAUGGAGUUCUACAAGUAAUUAUACAGAGUGAUCUUAUAUAACAUUCUCUUAUUUCAAAGGGUUUGUUUAGAGGUUUCUCUUAGUGUACUUGGUUUGAAUAUAUAUGAUAAGAAUAAAGUUACUAAAACUAACUAAAGCUAGUUCAAGUGGAUAGGAUGAGGUUGGACAUUAGUAAAUGUCCAAAGUUUAACUCCUCUUGGUGUAAUAACACAAAGAAUAAAAUAUUUUAUGUUGGGUUUGAA